CUGAACGAGAUGCUCAUAUGGAACUUUCCGUAGGAGAAGCAGAGAAAGCGUUAUUAUUAUUGUCCUUGUUACACUCGACGUCAGGCCCAAGCAAGAGUAUUUUUCCGUUUCACCAAAUAUCAGCAAAUCGAUUACAAAAUUUGAAAUGGAAAAAAAUGGAUCAUAUGCAAACAUAUCAAACAUUGAACUUUUUUGGCAAUUAGAGAUAGAAACAAAGUAUUUUUUACAUUUCAAUUAUUGUUAACGAUGUGCUGAUAUUGAAACGGAAAACGCCUAUGAGGCCCGACAUCGGGACUGAUUUCGGGAAGUGUGGAUGUAAUUGGCGCUUUAGGAUUUUAAUUGUAUUUUAGGAUCUCUUUAUUGAGACUUGUUCUUUGAUUGCAUCGCCAUCUGCGUUAAGUUUUGCACAUUUAUUCUCAUUCACUCUAAAUCAGGGACAGAAUGGUCUACGGUCUUGGUCUCGACUGAAAAACUAAAACUGUCACUAGUGGACGAUGACGUCAAUGUCAAAACAAAUCCGUCAGUUUUCUUAAAUAACCUUAAUAUUAUAUCUAAUUUUCUAUUAUUAGAGAAUUCUUUGUAUAUUUAUAGCAAACAAUAAAAUGGCCAUACUUCACAGAGCCCUGUUUACGUGGUUUAUAUUUUUAGUGUUCUUGAUACUACUGUGUCUGAGAUUAGAGUCUAGAACACACUGGAAUUGGUUCAUAGUAUUCAUACCAAUGUGGGUCUAUGAUAGCAUUCUUCUUAUAUACGUUUUGUUUCAUAUGAUAUCGCACUGCCGGAAUGGUAUUGAAAGAUUUAGAGGUACAAUCAAUAAACAUGUGUGGUACAUAGCAGCAAUUGGACUGAAAAUGGCAGCUCAAAUCAUAAUUUGCAUCAAACUGGAAUAUACAAAGGGAAGUCUUCCAAUUUAUGUUGUCAUGACUCCUAUUUGGAUGUUGUUGCCUGUAUUGAGUGUAGAAGUUUUCAUGCAUUUAAUAAAACAUUCUAGUGGAAGUAGUAGAUACUAACAUUACCUACUAUCUAUUUUCUAAGUAAACUUGAAUAUUUACCAAAUAACUUUAAAAUUCGUUUCAAAGACAAACAUUAUGACUCAGAAGUGAAUAAACUCAAUAUGCUACCUUCGAGAAAGUCAAGAACAUGUGACUAUGUAUUGUAGAUAAUUUUAAACUUGGCACUCAUUCAGUGUCACCAUAGAAUGUUUACACAUGUCAAAUAUAUACUCAAGCGCCAAGAGAGUUGAUGAUAUAACAGACCUGAGAAGUGUUUUAUAAGGAAUUUCAAAAUGGCUAUAACUGAUUCCCCUGUGAUAAAGAGUUCUAUAGUGAAAGAGGUCCCAGCAGGAGGCACCGCUGUGUUGACAUGUAAUAG